AUGGAUGAACCUACAGGAUCCGAUGACGAAGUAGUGUCUAUGGACCUUGAUAGUGAUUUUCCGGGAGAUCAAGCAGGGUGUGAGGUGUCUGACAAAGCGAAUGAGUCUGACAAAAAUAAGAACCGCAUAAAACAGAAAUCAACGCAAGCGACUCAGCAAGUAACACUUCCUGAUUCUGGUGUUACCACACAAGAACAAAACUUGGACAAUCUAGGCUCUAAAAAGAGACAACCUGAUUCCGUUGACACUCGUUCAACAUUAAAUAAAACUCGGUCAGCACCUGACAACAACGAAAUGAAAUCGAGUGAAGCUCAAAAAAAAGCCAAUGGAUGUAGGAUAAAAUUUAACAGGAAUUUACCAAGACUGAAGUUAAAUAUUGGUAGGAACGUCCAUGAGUCAGUAAAUAUGAAUUCCGAGACCGGAACAUUGUCAAAUAAGGAGUCAGCAAAUAUAAGUUCCGAGACCGAAACACGAUCAAGCAGGAAGCUACUUGAGUCAGCAAAUGUAAUUUCAGAGACUGGAACGCGAUCAAGAAAGUCUGUUGAUUUGACAGCUCAACCAGGUAAAAACGCGAAUGUUACAGAAGGAAACAUUAUUCAGGAAGAAAACAAAGGGAAAAGUUUCAAAAGUAAAGAAUAUCGAUUAGAAUCUAGUGGCACUCCGUCAAAAUCUCAGAAAGAAAAACGAGAAUUUGCAAACACUCCAAAUAACGAAUCCACGAAGUCAACACCAUCAACUGUUUUUACUCAAACGCAAAAGAUGCCUCCUCUUGUCGUUCAACAAGCGCAAAGUAUGAAAAUACCUCCAUUCAAACUUAAUCAGCCAUCAGUUGUCUCCCAACAACGACCAAAGUUCAAAAUGUCGCAAUUAUUAAAAAAUAACGGUCAAAUGUCACCUGCAGUUUCGCACAAACAACCUAACAUUAAACAAACAACGACGACUAGUGUCCUACAACAAUGUAGACCAAAUAAUAACGUGCGACAGCUAUCAACAACAAUUCAGUCAAAUUAUCGAUCUUCCCGAGAACUUACGAUCAAUAAUAAUUCACAAUAUUUGCAACAUCAGCCACACCAUCCUGUUCAGACGCCACCAAAUAUUUCGCAACAGAAUGCGCAGGAAACGCAUAACAACCAUAAACAGCAAUCUGGCUCGCCGCAGUUACAUAAUAACUUCCAACAUCCUAUAAACAAUCAUCAAUACGUUCAGCCUCAGUCGGCUAUGAAUGGUAAUUCACGUUUCGGUCCUCCGUCAUCAAAUGCUCAACGAUCAUCUAUGAACAAUCAAACACCCUUUCGAUUACAACAGCAGGUAAAUUAUCAUCAGUUCAAUCAAUACCAGGCUAGUCAGCAUCCUCAUCGGUCGAACCAACAACAAAGUCGACAGAACGCGCAACCAUCUAACGUACCAAGUAGACUGCCCCAUUCUAGGUCAAACGUGUUACCAACCAGGAACCAUCAGUCAAUCCCUUCAGCUACCAGGUGCGAUCCUAGGGACAAGAAUCAACAUAAUAAGCCCCAGCAUAAUGAGAUCCGACUUGAUCAAAGAAGUUCAAAGUCUAGCCCACCGAAGUUGUAUAGUAACAUAUCGACGGUUUCGCAGGAUUUGCAAGCGAAAUCAAAGACUUCAGAGGUUAACGAAGCUAACUGUGACGUGACGAUGCCGAAUUCCGAUAAAUCUAGGUCAGACAAUAUAAAUAAUUCUUCUGUGACAUCAAGUUUAAAAGAAAAUGAUUUGACAAAAGUUGUGAGAUCGGAGGUAAAUGGUGUGGAUAAGACGGACUUUGACAGUGGUGUUGUCGCAUCAACAAAAGAACCCGAUAGAAGUAAUGUCGACAAUCAACAGGAUUUACCAAAUCAGGACGAGGCCGCGAAAUUAGUUGAAAGUAGCUCGGAUAAUAAUGAAAAUGGAGUCAAUUGUAAUGUAACAGAUCAGUAUGAAAAUUUGGAAACAACAAAAAAGGUUGAUAAGGGUAAGAAGGUGUUGGUUGAAAGUGACAAAGAUUUAAUUGAGAAUGUAGAAGAUCCACCAAGUAAUGCCGAAGCCGAUUCUUCUCAGUCCGAUGAAGUUGAAUUAUUACCCAGUGUUCUUGAAAAAUAUCGAGCCCUCGAUGAAGCUCUGUACGAGUUCGAUGAGGCAGCUCAAAUGGCAUACUCUGCGUAUCAGAAUCUAGAGAAGUUUUUGCCACCUGGGACUUUCAUAAAGAUUGCACCACCGAGUUCGUUUAAAUGGAAUAUGAUAGCAGAAGUGAUGGGCGUUUCUAAAAAAAGGAAAAUUUCCGAUUCUUUUCCGGUUCACGACACGCCUGAUGAAAUGAAUGGUUAUCAAACACAAAAUUCUUCUAUGGAGGAAGAGGAAAUUAGGGGUUACACUGUAAGAAAGAAAACCAAAAAAAUUUCUCGGAAUGAUGGCAAACAGUCUGAGAUUAACGUGUCUGGAAAUGAACAGUAUAAUGGUGAAGAUGAGGAGGAAGAUGAAUCGAUGGAUGAAUGUACAUCUGAAUCGAGAAUUCUUGAAGCAUCGAACGCAGAAAAAGUACAUAACACACGAAGCAGAAGGACGCCUAGUGUCAGCCUGCGAGAUAACAAGAAUGUAGAACUCGCCACCUCUAGUCAAAUAAAGUUAAAAAUAAAGUCCGAUCUGAAUGAAACUGGCGAAACGCCCUCAGAGGUGAAAAAAACGAGUUUCGAUAAUCAAACGGAACCUAGUACGAUUAAGAUGGGAAAAAAGAAGACACCGAAAGCAAAAUUUAUAGAUCCCGGUAAAGAUUUUAAGUGGCCACUAAACGCAUUUGGCAUCUUUUGCUCCGAAUACUAUGACAAGUUGGUAAAAGUCAACGAAGAAAUCACUUCCAUUCAAUUCUACAAAUCGGCCGCUGAACAAUGGACAAAUAUAACACUUGAACGGAAAAAGAUUUAUGAGCAAAAAAGAUUAAAUCUGCUUGCGCAACAUACACAACCGCGAUUUAGUGUCUCCAUGGGAACAGACGCAUGA